UACGCCUGCUUGAACUUCAGCUUCACUCUAUUUCAAGUGAACUCACAAAAGCACUCUGCAGUCUGCACUCUGCACUCUGCACUCUGCACUCUGCACUCAUCCAUUGUCUCUCUCCAAACAAGACUUUACAAGUCCUUUUGGGGAAUGAUUGAGGUGAUCUUACACAGAUUUAGCUUAUACCAUAACUCAUCUACCAAGCCCUCAAAUAAAUUAGCUCUAUUAUUCCUGUCUCUCAAGUCUCGAACUAAAGUUUCUUAAUUUCUUUCAUAUACAAUAUUUUUAAAUAAAUCAAAGUUAAUAUCCUUAUUUACUCAUUUUCUCUGCUCAUACAUUUGUUAUAUUUUUGCUUUUAUCAAACACUUUCAUCAAAUUUGACCACAACUCAUCUCUCAUUUUUAUUUUUUAUUUUCCUAAAAAGAUCACUUUCACUUGAGUUUGUUACACUACAAGUCUACAACAAGUCAAUAUCAUCAAUUUCAUGUUUUACCCAUGAAAUAAUUGUUUUUUUGUCAUUUACUUAAAACCAUUUUCAUCAAAUUUCAAAUUUUUUAACCAAAACCCAAAUUAAGUUUCUGUUGUUGAAAAAAACCCAUCUCAUUUAAUCCCCAUUUUCAUCAAAUUUCAAUUUCUUUUAACCAAAACCCAAAUAAAUUUCUAUAUUUUUUUUAUUUUUUAAAAAAACAUCUCAUUUAAGCCCCAUUUUUAUCAAAUUUCAAUUUUUUUUAACCAAAACCCAAAUAAAGUUUCUAUUUUUGAAAAAAACCAUCUCAUUUAAACCCCAUUUUCAUCAAAUUUCAAUUUCUUUUAACCAAAACCCGAAUAAAGUUUCUAUUUUUGAAAAAAAAAAACAAUCUUAUUUAAGCCCCAUUUUCAUCAAAUUUCAAUAUUUUAACCAAAACCCAAUUAAAGUUUCUAUUUUUGAAAAAAACCCAUCUCAUUUAAGCCCCAUUUCCACCAACUUCCAACAACAAAAACUCCAAAACUUCUCUCUUUCUUGCUCUUGUCUCUGUUUUUCUCUGUUUUAACCAAAAAAAAUCCAACUUACCCAGAAAAAAUUCAGAACCCAAAAAAGCUGGUAUCUUUACCACAUUUUAUCACUUCUACAUGCAUUCAUGAGCUGGGUAUUUUCUGAUCUGCAACUAAAAUGGGGUGUUCAAUGUCAAAUUUGGCUGCCAAAUUGGCAUUCUUUCCACCAUCUCCAUCAACUUAUGAAGUGAAAAAGAGAGAUUCUGAUGGAAAAUAUAUAGCAGUUUCAGAAGCAGGUGCAGUACCAAUUCCUCAAGAAGAUGAUCCACUUUUGAAUGUUCAUGUAAUUGAAACUAAAAGAGGAAAUAAGAUUGUAGCUUUUUACUUGAAAAAUCCAUAUGCUAGGCUCACUGUUCUUUACUCUCAUGGAAAUGCUGCUGACCUUGGUCAACUCUAUGAUCUCUUUGUUCAACUUAAAAUCAAUCUCAGAGUCAACUUAAUGGGGUUUGAUUAUUCUGGAUAUGGUGCAUCUACUGGUAAGCCAAGUGAGGGCAAUACAUAUGCAGAUAUAGAGGCUGUUUAUCAGUUUCUUCAGACUGAAUAUGGAACUUGUCAAGAAGACUUAAUUUUAUACGGGCAGUCGGUUGGAAGUGGGCCCACACUACACCUGGCUUCAAAACUACGAAGGUUGAGGGGUGUGGUUUUGCACAGUGCCAUCCUCUCUGGACUUCGUGUUCUAUGCCAUGUGAAGUUCACGUUCUGUGUAGAUAUCUAUAGGAAUAUAAGAAAAAUUCGGAAAGUAAAGUGUCCUGUGCUGGUGAUACAUGGUACGGAAGACGAUGUAGUGAAUUGGUUACAUGGGAAUGGACUAUGGAAACGAGCCAGGGAACCUUAUGAACCCUUGUGGAUCAAAGGUGGCGGCCACUGCAACUUGGAGCUACACCCUGAUUACAUUCGCCACCUCUGCCGAUUUGUACAGGAAAUGGAGAACGUUACCACCCAAAUACGCCUCAAGAAAAUCCGAGAUACCCUCAAGCUCCACCCAAAACCCCCGCAUCCACAAGCUGCCAAUACGACAUGCAGCCGGUCAUGUAGCUGUUGGGACUGUUGUAGUUGUACCUGUAAGAUGAAAUGCUGGAAACCUCGUUGCCCAAAAUCUCGUUGCUGCUUCCCGAACUGCUGCUCUGCAAACCGCUGCUCAGUAAAUUGCUGCCGGAGUUGUUUUAACUGCCCUAAAUGCACAAAUUGCUGCAGUUGUUUCGGAUGGCCAAAAUGCCUGACUUGCUGCGUACCUAGUUGCUUCAAAUGUUCACAACCGAAAUGCCCAAGUGAGUGCUGUUCUUGCAAAGGGUGUUGUACGUGGAAUUGUUGUUGCUGUUGCUGCUCUACGACUGAUCAAAGGCGUGAGGAUUAGUGGGUUUUUACUUUCAUUUUACCUUGUCCAUGUGUAUGUAUAGAUUUGCAGAAGUAGCUAACCCUUUACAUUCUCCAAUUUGGUUAUUUGUGCAGUUUAGUGGCCUAAGUUAUACCAAUUGUUUGUUUUUGUUUUACUACCAUAGUCUUUUUACAAUAUGACUAGAGCAUUAGCAUUAAAAUUAGUGGCAUUUUUAGGAGCUUUGGAUGGGAAAUUAAACAUAAAUGAUUCUGCAAACUCACACAAGUUCACUGCUGUUUCAUGGAGUAGUGUUUACUGGGUGCAAAUUUGUAUUGUACUCUAUAUGUUUGAAUAUGUGCUUUCAGCCAGUUUGGUUGUCAGUAUUAAAUGACGAGAAUAAUGAUAGAAAGUGUAGUAUGGCGGUAAUAGUAAUAGAAAGUUUAAUAUU